CAUCCUAAGUAUCUACACACUCUUUUGUUAUAUAUGUAUUCCGGUCAAUUUUUAUUAGUGUCUGCUAAAAAGAGGAAAAUAUUUUGAGUCAGAUACCUAGAUCAGAGACGUGUAGCUUUGUUAGUCAUCAUCAUUACUUAUGGAGUGAGAGUGAUCCCCUGAUCUGAUUAAGAAAUUAGUUUUGCAUACUUGCAAAAAUUUGUGCUAAAUUUUCACUAAAAAUGACCAGCAAAGUGCGAGUUUUUAAUUUUUAAAGGAGCUUGUGUGUCAUUGAGGAGACGGCAUUAUUACCGCGAGCGAGGCCAGUAGUUUGUUUGCUCGAUAAACAAAUAAUAAGCAGGACGGAAAAUUAUUUUGUUUUUGAACAGCUGGAAAUUAUUUAAUAAUUUUGCGUGUAGUUAAAUAAGUUAGGUAAGUCGAGAGAAGAAAACAGUUUAAAGAAAAUCAUCUAUUUCAUCUGUCCAAUUAGUAAUAUUGGUAUUGCGCCGCAAUAAUAACGAAGUUUACAUUUGAUGAUGGAUAUUUAACCGUAUUUUUUGGGGAGACAGAGAAUGCCCAAAAUUGGUGGAUUUUUCCAUGAAUAUUUAGUAAAAUAGAUUUGAAGUACUUUUAUCAAAGAUGGGUGAGAAACGAUCCCGUCAAACAUUUUCGAUAGACGACGCGUUUGAGGAAGAACACACCGAUGCGAUUCGUGUUUACGGGGCGACAACGACGACGGAGAGGUCUCCACUGCGCCCACCUUCGAGUUCGUCGGGUCGUGUCAGUUUGCCAUCGUCCAUGAGUGUGGCUGGGGCGGACGCGGUCUCCGUCCACAUUCACGACCCUCCUACCUCGCUCUCGGUCAAACCGAUUAUCCGCGGCCUUACAAAGUUGAAGGGAGGAGAUGAUUCUGUAUCGAAGGAUAGUGAUUCUUUAAUCACGGAAGAACUAGAAUCUUCCUACGACCCAGCAAUGCCUUGGUUUUACCACCCUAAAGUUAGAGAAAAUUGGAAAAUGGUUCUCGCCGCUUUCUUCUUGCUUGUUAUCGGUCUCGGCCUCACCAUUGGUGGCAUUGUAAUCGUAAGUCUGCCAAUAAACGGGAUUCAAGGCGCUGUAUUUAUCUUCGCUGGAAUUAUCUGCCUCACGCCUGGCGCCUACCAUUUGUUUUACAUUUACUGUGCAGUGAAAGGAAAGCGAGGCUAUGACUUUUACCAUCUCCCUCUCUUCAACUGACGUCAAGAAAUUAAAAAAAGUGACAAAGUUAGCAAUUUUACGUGUUGUGAACGAAGAUGUUAAAUACCUGCGAAAUUCCAGUGAAAAUUUAUAAGGAGUCAAAAUUCAAGAAAUAUACGUAAUUAAUUGAAUAGCUUGUUAAAAUUAGUUUACGCAGCAGGUUGUGGUUCCUACCCAAAUUGAAAUUAUUAAUUAGUUAGGUAAUUAAUUAAUUAAUUAAUAGCAUGCCUCGAAUUAUUUAAUCUCCUCGUUCAAUUAAUUAUAAUGAAUUGUUCAACUUUCUCGGGUUUCUGUCACGGUGGGUACUAAAAUCCGUAAUAAUUUGUACGCAAUAUGUACUAAUUAAUGAUAUCUUUCACGACUCACGUGUGACUUUGUUUUUGUAGGAAAGAAAAAAAAACGUGUUUGGUUUUAAGUAAUAAAAAUAUGCAAAUACGUAACACAGCACAAUCGAAUAAUAAUAAUAAUGAGAAUACCGUCCGACACUGUGUGGAUGGAUGGAAGUAUGUUUAUACUGCGAAAAUUAGUUAAUUAAUUAAAUCUUGUACAAUUAGGUUAAUUUGCAGUUAAAAAUCUGUUGCAUUACUGCUGCUGCUACUACUCGUCUUUGUUAGCCAAAUGAAUUGAGAUAUUAUAAUUAGUCUGAAAACACAGAAAUCCGAAUUCAAUCUACGUACGUGUAAACCGAUGAUAAUAAUAAUGUUUCAAAGUAAUGAGGCAUUUCACGUCCGCUUCCGGAAGUCCGUAAGUUUGAUGAAACUUAGAACAGUUCGAGCGUAACUUUUUCUUGCGAACUUACAAAAAGUUGCGAAGAUGAAAGGCACUUUUUUGGCUCGUAAACUUACUGAUUACGAACUUCCGAAGCCUGACGUUAAAUGCCUCAAUAGUUGCUAAUACAGAGCGUGAAUCAAGAUACAAAACUCACUUUUGUUUUUGAGAUAACAAGUGUUAGAGACAUCUGGGAUUACUGAAAUUUGUAUGUACCGUACCCAGAUAGUCAGGGAACAGUUUGCAAAAUAACUCUUAGUUCUGUGCAUCAACAUGCCCCCACUCCCCCCCACGGAGUGCGAGGUAGCCGUAAAAGAGUUUUCCAAUGAUGAAUUGUACCAUAAAAAAUUGUUAAGAAAAUGGCGACAAUUGAAUUCAAUGCCAGUUGAAGCCAUAAGUCCAGUGUAUUAAAUGACACUAGCAUAAAGAAGCAGGGAUCAUUGGCUGGAGUUCCACCUCCACCGAAGUGGCGUCCAAGAUCAGCUAGGAUCGAGGAUGUGUUGUACUAUAUCGCAAAUUUCAUCAAUAAGGAAAAUCCGUCAUGACAGAAAAGUAUCCAAAAUGUUGGGGAUGAGUCAGGCAAUAGUUUUUAGGGUCAGUCACUCUGACCUAAAUAGAUUAAAGCGGAGGAGGACCAUGUGUACGCCCCCACGCAGUCUUACAUCAUGUUUUUCAAAGCAACUUCGCGAUAACUGAAUGAAAACUUAAUUUCCAGAAAUAAAUUUUGUACUGAAAUUACUCUUGACGAGUCGCAUGACAUUAUUCAGAUAGAUUAUUUUUGAUUUUGGUACUUUAAGCAGAGAUUUUCAAGCGGACUGCUCGGGCGCUGAGUGGGUUUUGGAAAACUUUUCAAAACGAGUGGAACAAAAUAAUAAUAAUAGAUUUAUUUCAGCACACAAAUUUUGUCAAAUAAUUUACAAAAAUGAUCAAACCCUAUCUAGUAGGAAAUAUCUUGAUCAUCUACGUCGCUUAAACAAUAUCAAGCUCAUCUUGAUUUAACAUAAAUAUAUUGUUUUACAAAUAAUAGUUCGAGUUGAUUAAAUUAUUUCAUCAAUAAAUACCUUAACUUAUUUCAUCAAUAAAUAGGUCCUUAACUUAUUUUUGAACGUAACAUAACUCAGUUCAUCCUUAAUGUCAUUAGGUAGUGAAUUCCAUAAUAAUAUUCCCCUAAAGUUAAAAGAGUUUCUCCCAAAUUCUGUCCUUGGCUUCAUGGUACUACGAAAAUUAUUGUUGCUCGAGCCCCGAGUCAUAUGAUUGUGAAACUCAGAUAGUUUACAAAAAUAACCGUCAAAAAAUGGAACAUUAUUGAGCUUAACAAUUUUAUACAUAAUACAGAGUGUACGAAAAAUUGACAUAUCCUUUGGGAAUAACCAAUUUAAAUCUAACUUUAUAUCGGACGACACUGGAUCAAACUUUCUUUUGCGCAACACUAAUCGAGCCAAUGACCGAAUAACUCUUUCUGCAACAAUAAGGUUUCUCUGUGAGGCGACACCCCAGACACAAGACAUGUAAUUUAAAAUUGAGAUUGCUACAGCCACUCCAAUAGUUAUAAGUGAUUUUUGUGUAAAAUAUUGCCUUACAGUGUACAAGCUUCUUAUUCUAAAAUAAGCCCUUUUAGCCAUGUCAUCAAUAUGAUACCUCCAGCUUAAACGAGAAUCAAUAGUUAAACCCACACAUUUUAACCUGUCACACGGAACAAUAGUAACACCACUAACAGUAACAUUAAAAUUGGACAUUAAACUGAGAUGUGAACGAGACCCGAGUAACAACAUUUUUGUUUUACGGUCAUGAAGUGACAGGCUAUUAUCCGAAGUGUACCGUACAAUAUUAUUCAUGUCUUCAUUUACACAAUUUUGUAACUCUGCUAGUCUUCUGAUGUGUCCAAAAUAAGCAAAAGUUGAGUCAUCUGCAAAGUAGUUAGGUAAUGCAUAUUUUAACGCUUUCGGCAUGUCAUUAAUAUACAAAGAAAACAAUCUAGGACCGAGAAUACUACCAGCUGGAACACCCGCCAUAGUUUUUAAUACUUUUGACUUUUUACCAUCUACAUCAACAAAUUGUUUUCUGUCUGACAGAUAAUCACGUAGCCAGUGGUCAGAUAUACCAUACAAAUCAUGUAACUUUUGUAACAAUUUUCCUCUAUGAACAGAAUCAAAAGCCUUCUUAAAAUCAACAGUGAUCAAAACGCACACCAUUCCCUUAUCCAAAUUCAGACGAAUCAAGUCCGUGAGUCCUAGUCCUAAGUGCUCUGUACUGUGAUAUUUACGGAAACCGAACUGAGAACGGCACAAUAUUUUAUUUUCGUCUAGAUAUUUUUCAAGUCUAUUGCUGAAGACUUUCUCCAUCAACAGCAAAAGAUAGGGCGUUAGAGUUAUUGGCCUAAAUUCGUCUGGCUUCGUAGCAUUACUAAUUUUGGGAAUGGGGACAACACGCGAACACUUUAAUUGGUCAGGGACUCUACCAGAGGAAAAUGACUUUUUGAAAACUGAAACAAGAGAAUCCCUAAAAUGAGGAAUGGGAAGAGCAAGCCCUAACAUGUACAUUGACAUGCCUACAGUAUCUGGAAAUUUGGAAGAUUUGUGCUUGAGGCCUUUCCAUGCAGAAACUAUCUCAAACGUUGAAACGGAUUUCACCAAAAAUUUUGCUGACUUGGAAAUAUCAAUUGGGCUAAAAUUUCCAACAGUAUCAAAAGGUGCCACCCCUUCUGGAAAGCCCAUUGAGCAAUAAUAUUGAUUAAUUUGAUCUGGACUAAUGUUGGCACCUAUUUCUCCCUGGAUUUUGCCAAAGCGCAAGCCAAAUAACUUGAGAGUAUCCCAAGGGCCUAUCUUGUUUACUAAGCGUUGAGUGUUAUCAAAAGUAUCUACCUUCAAAGAGUUGCGAAUUGACUUAUUCAAAAUCUUAAACUCACAAAAAUCAUAAGUACUACGUGAUUUCUUCCACAAAUUAUAAUGAAAGUCUCUUCUCUGUAUAAGUUCUUGUGUGCGCUUUGAUACACGAGUUGAAGUUCUAUCCAGCUUGACUGUAGUUGUUUCAAUUGGAGCAUGUCUAUCAAAAACAGAAAGAAUAUUAUUGGUUAGUGCGUGACACAAAAUAUUACAAUUACCAUCAAAUGGUAACUUCUUGACACUUUCAACCAUAUCAUUUACAAAUAGUUCAAAAUUUAUACUUUUAUAGUUACGCUUCUUUAUCUGUUUUGAUCUAUUUAUCUCGUUACAUACUUUGACUUUACAAAAGCAGAAACGAUGGUCAGAUAUACCCUCCUCUGAAACAUUGAUCUCAAUAAUUUUUGAAACUUGAUUAUCUUUAACAAUAACAAAAUCUAAUAGACUGUCGUCUCUGGUAGGCAUUUUAAUUAGCUGAACAUAAUUAUGUCGAUCAAUUAAGCUUAUCAUUUUCUUUGACUCGGAAGAAUUAACCAGCAUAUUUACAUUAAAGUCACCAAGUAUAAAGCUUUGAUUCGACAUCGUGUUGAGAAAAGAAAGAAUUGCUUGGAUAUUACGCAAAUCAUUUAGACACGGAUCAGGUUUAUAAAUUACGCAAACAAUAAUUGACUGCCUAUGAUUAAUUUGAACCUUAAGAAUAAGAUAUUCCACACAACUUCGAUCCAACCACUUUAUAUCAUAAUUCAUUACCCUUACUUUGAAAUAUUUUCUUACAAUUAUCGCAACUCCUCCACCUCUUGUUAAUCGAUCCUUUCUGUACAUUUUAUAACCAUCCGGCACGCAAUACUCACUGUCCUCCUUGAACCAAGUCUCAGUCAAACAAAAUACAUCUAGAUUAUAAUCAGUAACGAGUUUUAAAACCAUUGGAAAUUUAUCAUUAUACGACCGUAAAUUUUGAUGACCGAUACAAAUAACCUUCUUACGAUACAUUAGUCAAUCAACAACCAUAUUUCCAUCCUCUAUUGACACUUCAACCCUAUUUUCUUUGGGUCGCGGCUGUGAAAUAUGUUCCUGAUCACUUUUCCUCUUUAGCGACGCCCGUGUUUCUCUCCCACCGUUUGAUGAUCUUGACGCCACCUUUGCCUUCCAUUCCUCCUGCUCCUUGUGAGUAAGAUCCUUCCGAACUGAGAUCGAUCUAAAUUCCUCCCGUCCAGCCAGUAAUUUGCGAUUGUUCAGGGCAGUAGACUUCUCUGCUGCAGAUGGGAAUACGAUUCGGAGUGGUCUCGGCUUCCUUCCAUUAGGGUCACCAAUUCUUGUGUCGUGCAGAGUGUGGUUCCAGGCGGGAGCAAUUACACUCAAUAUUUGUUUUGCUGCCUGUAACCCGGCUGCAGUCUCUGGGACUCCCAUCAUAACAAUGUUCGACAUCCGAAGAAUACGUCGCUUUUGCUCAUGAAUUUCUUCCCUCAGUGACAAUAGGUCUUGUUUGACGCCUGACUCCAUCGCAUCAACCUUCUUCUCUAAAACAUCUUGGCGCUUUUCAACUCUUUCGACUUUAUCCCAGGUUUCCGAUUUUGUCCAAAACAUCGGCUGUGAAUGUUGCAAGUUCAGCUCUGACUGCACUUCCGACUUCAGCUCUGACUGCACUUCCUACAGCUGCUGUUAUCUUUUGCUCAAACGUUAUUGCCGCCUCAUCAUGUGAUUGUUCUUGACCCCCUUUACUUCCUCCCAGCCCCAGUGCUCCAAACAUUUUGUGUAAAUAAAUUUCUUUUAGUAUGUUGUAACAAAUUUGAAAAAGAUCAAAUAAUCAAUAAAUUCUUGCCUGGGACUGAGCCCAGCCAAGGUCAGUGCGUUUUAGUUGCCUCCAGAGUGCAUUAAAACUCGACCAUGACCGGGACCGAUGGGACGACCAGAAAAGUUAAUCAAAACAAGUCUGUAUGCUGCGAAUGGAGUGAUGAUUGAAUAAUUGAGAAAAGGUUAGAGUCGUCGUCGUUGAAUUACUCGACUUCAAAAUGUAAGAAAUUUAGAGUUCACAGUUUUAUAUAAGUUUAUACAUGGGCUAGCAUUAGAAGCUACACAGUGAAUAAGAUUUAAUGUUAGCUGGCACUGUCGCGAUUAAUUUGUCAAACUUUUAAAUGGCUUAAGAUGUGAUGUAACAGCGAAAUUAGCUUUAAAUUUAGCUUUACCAAGUAGCAGAUUUGAUGCUAAGUUAAGUGAAACAAUUUUUAGUUUGGGUGGGGCAGUUGCACAUCCAAAAUUUUGGAUUAUUAUAAAAUUCUAAAAUGGAGGAGCAAGGAAUGUGCACACCACCACCACCAUCACUCCAAAUCACUCCAAAAAAGUGUCAAAGGUGAUAAUAGCGUGGAAAAAGCGACUGCACCUCGUUAGACAAACUAAUGGGCUACACAUUGAAGCAAUUUACAAAAUUCACAAACGAAAAAUGAAGCUGUAGAAAAAUAAACUAAAGUGAGUUUUGUAUCUUGAUUCACCCUCUGUAGUAAAAAAAGUGCUGGUUUCAUUUUACUUUCAGGAUCUGUAAAUCACUUAAAAAUUAAGUGCAUGUUUUUUUACUACUUGUGUCGUGAUUUUUGUACAUUUAGAUACAUACGUACUUUGAAAUUGUUUCAAUAUUGAAGAAAUACACAUUAACAGUUAAAUAAGUUAAAUGAUGACGGGUUUAAGUAAGAAAAAUAGAACCUGAGAAAUGAACAGUGUAACAGUUUAAUUAAGAUUCGAAACAUUUUAACAAUUAUUGUGCUUUGUCCAACGUCUUCUGUUUUAUCAUACACGCGUAUAACUUGCCAGAGAAGAAGGAAGAAAAUGAUUUAGUUCUCGCCUUGGUUGAAUUAUUAUGAUGUAAUUAAUUAUAAAUCGUAUCCACGAAGGGAAGAAGAAGAAAGAAAGAUAAUCGCAUUUUAACUAUUAUUACAUUUAGAUUAUUAGUGUUUUAAUUAAUUCGUCCGUACUGUCCACAGCUAAAAUAUGAAGCAAUCACUACACGCAAUGUAUUAUGUAUUAAUUAAGAAUUAAUCUCUUUUUUUGUCACACUGCUGCUGAAUCAUGUCGUCUUUAAAAUCCUCCGUUACCUAUGAAAUUAUUUAUGUAUGUCCUGUCCUGUCGCAAUUAUUAACAAAUUCUGUCGAAAUUAUGUAAUUUAUGGUGAUACGAUUGAAUACGGUAUCAAAUAAUGAUUAGGAUAAUUUCUCGUGGUAGAAAAGAAAGGCUUAAAUAUUUUCUUUUCGUGACUAAUUAUUAAUUUUCAUUUAGUUUAGUUAUGAAUUUCAAGACCGAAUUUUGUGUGAAAUGGAAAUCCGAUUUUUUUUUCAUGUUGAUGUUUUAUAUGAGCUAAAACUAGCUGUUAUUAAACGCCUCUGAGAAUUAAAAUCGAAUUAGUAAACGCUAUAGAUUUUCGUUUUCAUUCGUCCCUUUGAAAGAAACCUUUUGUCCCCAGCUCGAUCUGUACUUAUUACACAAUUGUAUUGUUAUUUUCCAUUAAUUAUUUUAAAAAGACUGAUUUGUUAGUGCUUAAUUUUUCAUGAUGCAUAAUUUACUACACGGAUAAUACAUACAUAAUUUUUAAUAAGAAAGAGGAGAUGGAGAGAGGCAAGAUUUAUACGUAAAUGUAUGUCUUACUAUUUAAUUACUGAUUAAUUAUUCCUCUUUUGAUUAAUUUCGCAUGGUAAAUAUUUAAUAAUAUUGCAAGCACGUGGUAGUUAGUUCUACUAAAUUGGAAACUCUUAAUUAUAGUAGAGAUGUAUUAUUUAGUAAAUAAUACGGUUGUCGCGUUGUCAAUACUUGGUAAAGAAAAAAGAAACGAAAAUAAAAACAAUGAAAACGA